AUGGAUGAGCACUCGAGUGUCGAAACUGGGGCGAGCCCGUCCGUCAAGGAGUCCGCGCUGCACGAUGGAAUCGCGACUGACCAGUAUGCUGAGGUCCUUCGACGUCAUGGGCGAACAGACCUGGUGCCUAUGCCAUCCGACUCUCCUGCGGAUCCACUCAACUGGUCGUCAUGGCGGAAGGGCAUUCUCUUGGCUAUUGUCUCCAUGCAUGCGAUGAUGGUUGUAUUCAGCGCAGCCAUCUUGGUACCUGCAUUCGAAGACCUUGUCACUGAAUUCGGUGUCACACUUGCACAGGUGCCGUACGUUGUCUCAAUUCAGAUCCUGUUCAUGGGCAUUGCACCCAUUUUCUGGACACCCCUGUCUGAGCGGAUCGGGCGGCGUCCGGUUUACCUCAUCUCGGCCCUGUUCUCCGCAGCCUUUGCGCUUGGAGGUGCAUUCGCUAAAUCCUGGGGUGCCUUGAUGACCACAAGAGUCUUUCAAGUUAUAUUUAUCAGUCCUGCAUUCAGCAUCGGUGCAUUGAGUGUGCAAGAGACAUCGUUCACGUUCGAACGUGGGAGAAAGAUGGGUGUAUGGGUGCUGAUGGUAACGUGUGGGCCACUUGUGGGACCUCUUGUCUCGGGAUACCUUGUCCAGUUCAAGGGUUGGCGCGCCUCACUCUACCUCGUGUCAGCUCUCCAACUCUUUUUGUUCUUCGCUCACUUCUUCCUUGCGCCCGAGACGCUCUUCCCAAAUAGAGCAGCGCCUGGCGAAGCUUUUGAUACUGAGGAGGUCACCCACCGCUCGGGCUGGCAGUCACUCCUCCGCUUCCGGAUGUAUUCACGGAAGCCUUAUCAGGCAACGGAGUUCUUCCGAUUCCUGGUGAUGUUCGGCCGGCCGGUCGUGGUGCUUGCGACGCUCGCGUACUCAAUCGUGUUCACGUAUACAGUCGUGCUCAUGCCCAUAUUUAUCCCACAGCUCGUCGGUGUAACGUUCCGCCUGACUCCAGGUCAGAUGAGCCUCCAGUUCAUCGGGCUGCUCAUUGGCGCUGUGCUCGGCGAGCUCCUCGCUGGGCCCGGGAGUGACUUGUAUGUUAAUUGGCGCGCUCGACAACGUCUCGCUGCUCCCGCUCAGCCUGACGGCGAUGCUUCUGCUGUCAUUAAAGUAGCACUGUGGCCCGAGGAUCGUCUGAUUCCGGCUGCCCCUGGGUUCAUCCUCGUCAUUGUCGGGUUGAUCAUCUGGGGUGCGCAGUUGCAGAAUGCGACACCCGGGAAGUGGAACGUUACUCCCAUUGUUGGGGCCACCAUCGCCAUGUUCGGAAACCAAUUCGCGAGCACGAUGUGUGUCACUUACGCAAUUGAGAGCUAUCGCUCCGAGACCAAAGAUGUGUCAGUGUUCAUCUCGUUUGUGCGGCAGAUCUAUGGCUUUAUCGCGCCGUUCUAUCUAUCAGUCGCAUACACGAAUAUGGGUGAUUUACCAGCUUCUGCGCUAUGGGCUGGUCUCACCGCUUUCGCGAUGCUAUUGACACUAGCGUGUAUCUUUUGGGGACCAGCUUGGCGACAGAGUGCAUGA